CUGAUAUUCAUCAUUUUUAUCUGCCGCUGAUAGCUCGUGAUUAUAAAUUCGCUCUUCAAUAUAUUUAAUAAAGUCAUCGUUCAUCAUGGAUAUAUGGACAGCUGUUCUCCCUAUUUUGGCAAUUGGACUUUUUUUCUACUUUUUGAAAAGGAAGAACUUAUUUGAGCAACUCGAAAUACCGCACGACUCUUCCGUACCAAUACUUGGCAAUAUGGGACCCUGUUUACUUGGAAAGAUGAACGUGAUCGAACUUAUCCAGAGCUUGUACGACAGACACGCUGACGCGAAAUACUUUGGCCUUUACGAUUUUCAAACCCCGAUUAUAGUGAUUCGCGAUCCAGAAAUCAUCAAGUCAAUAGCAAUAAAAAAUUUUGAAAAUUUUCCUGAUCAUCGAGGAUUUACUGACUCAGACCGUGACCCACUUUUUGGAAAAAGCCUUUUCUCUCUGAAAGGCGAUGACUGGCGAGAGAUGAGAGCCAUAUUAAGCCCUUCUUUCACUUCCAGCAAGAUGAAGAUGAUGUUCCACUUAAUAACAGAAUGUGCAGUGAAUUUUACAAAUGUAGUACUGGAAAGAUCUAAGAACGAAGAUUACGAGGCUAAUAUAAAAGACAUUUUCACUAGGAUUACCGCUGAUGUAAUUUCUAGUUGUGCUUUUGGUAUAAAUAUCAAUUCGAUGAAGGAACCGAAAAAUGAAUUGUAUGUCAUGGGUCGAGAGUCUACAGACUUUGAAGGUAUUUUGUCCCUAAAAUUUCUUUUAAUUCGAAAUUUCAAGUUUAUCUCUAGACUUUUGGGAGUGAAAAUUGUAAGUGAUAGUGUUACUCGCUUCUUCACGAAUGUGAUCAGUUCAAACAUUGCGACAAGAAGGGAAAAAGGUAUUACCCGACCAGAUUUCCUACAGUUGAUGAUGGAAGCCCAAAAUAAGAACAGUUUAAGUCGGGAAUUGACUAUUCAGGAAAUUACCGCUAAUGCAUUCAUUUUCUUCUUCGGCGGCUUAGACACCGUUUCAACACAACUUUGCUACAUUGCACAUGAAAUUACAGUUAAUCCACAUGUGCAAAAUCGACUCCAGAAAGAAAUUGACUCGGUUCUAGCUAACUGUAAUGGAGAACCGAGCUACAAUGAUAUUAUUAAUAUGUCCUAUAUGGAUGCAGUAAUUAAUGAAACUAUGAGGCUUCAUCCAGGAGGAUUUCUCCUGGACAGAGUUUGUAAAAACAAGUUUGAACUUCCUCCACCUUUACCAGGCAAAGAGCCAAUAACUCUAGACGCCGGUACCAACAUUUGGAUUCCUGUUUUGUCUAUUCAACGUGAUCCUAAGUACUACGAAAGUCCAGAAAAAUUUGAUCCUGAAAGAUUUCUAGGCGAUAAUAAGAUCAAUAUGAAUGCAACCACUUUUAUACCGUUUGGAAUUGGACCCAGGAUAUGCAUUGGCAACAGAUUUGCUUUAAUGGAAAUGAAAAUUGCAUUAUUCCAUCUUCUAUCACGUUUUAAUUUCAAAGUCUGCUUAAAGACUCCUAUACCUUUAAAAUAUAAAAAGAACACCUUCGCAUUACUUCCAGAAGGAGGUUUUUGGUUGAAGUUUGAAUUAAGAAAGUAGAAUUAUUUGUUAAUCGUUGGUAGGCUUUUCGAGAAAUGACUGUACUGGCGAAAAUUUUUGUAUCAAUCACUGAGUUGCUAAGGAAUUUUUUAUUUGUACUUUGUUCUAUUUUUGUAAGAUAGAUUAAAUAGAAUACUAUAUGCCCCGAAAUUCUUGAUCUAAA